UCUAGAGCACAGAUGGUCUUGCCGGAUGGAGAGGGGGGAAAUGAGGAAGACAGCAGACAGGGCCAGCCUGGCUCGGAAGCCACAGCAGUGGGAGGGGAUGAAGCAGAAAAAUUAAGUGGACAAGGUGGGCGGCCUGUACGCACCGCAGGCCUCAUGGAUAACCAAGAGGACAAUGGCGCCACUGGCUGUGACCAGGAGAAUGAGAAGCAGCCCAAGGAGCCAGUUCUCAAGGACAUGGGGACUACCGAGGAUGUGCAGUCUGCACCAGAGCUGGUAACCCGUAUGCACUCUAUGCCGCUUAGAGUGUGUCGUGUAGAGCCGAUUUCAGUUAGAGUUCCCCGGGUACAGCGUAUACCACGUAUGGUGCCCCAGACAGCCUGUGCCACCUAUGGUGCCCUGUGGACAGCAUAUUCCACAUAUGGUGCCCUCUAUACAGGCUAUGCCACCUAUAGUGCCCUGUGUACCGCCUAUGCCACCUAUGGUGCCUCAUGUGCCACCUAUGCCACCUAUGGUGCCCUGUGGACACCCUCUGCCACCUAUGGUGUCCCAUGUACAGCCUAUGCCACCUAUGGUGCCCUGUGUACCGCUGUGCCAUAUGCCUCAUGUACAUGUUAUGCCACGUAUGGUGCCUCAUGUACAGCCUAUGCCACCUAUGGUGCCCCGUGGACAGCCUAUGCCACCUAUGGUGCCCUCUGCACAGCCUAUGUCCCCGAUAGUGCCCCGUGGACAGCCUAUGCCACCUAUGCCUAUGCCACGUAUGGUGCCCCAUAUACAGCCUAUGUCACCUAUGAUACUGCGUGGACAGCCUCUUCCAUGUAUGGUGCCCUGUGGACAGCCUAUGCCACGUAUGGUGACCUAUGUACAGGCUAUGCCACCUAUGGUGCCCUCUGUACAAUUGAUGCCCCCUCUGGUGCCCUCUGUACAGCCCAUUCUGCCUAUGGUUCCCUCUAUACAACCUAUGCUACGUAUGGUGCCCCAUGUACAGCCUAUGCCACCUGUGGUGCCCCGUGGACAGUCUAUGUCACGUAUACGGCCCUGUGUAAAGCCUAUGUCAUGUAUGGUGCCCCAUGUACAAGCUAUGCCACCUAUGGUGCCCUCUGUACAGCCUUUACCCCCUAUGGUGCCUUCUGUACAGCCUAUGCCACCUAUGGUGUCCUGUGGACAGCCUUUGCCACCUGUGAUGCCCUCUGUACAACCUAUGCCACCUAUAAUGCUCCAUCGUCCACUGUACAGCCUGAGCCAGUGCUGGUGCCUCGCCGCCAUCUCCAUGACAGAUUUACAGGGCUGCAGCUGCAGGAGCUGGAACGCGUUUUCCAGAGGAAUCACUAUCUCAGUGCUGAAGAAAGAAAACAGCUGGCAAGGGGAAUGGGCGUGAGUGAGGCCAAACUGCAGAGAUGGUUUAAGAAGAGGAGAGAACACUUCAGGAGAGAACAAAGUCAGUCAGGUGGUGCUCCUCCUGGGAAUACUCCACCUCUCUCUGAAGAUGGCGCAGGAGCCCUAGUGCACCACCCUUGACCUGGGGCCGCUGGCAGACGCCUGCUUUCUUCCACCAACAUGUUAUUGCCUCUUCAUCCCUAAGCACUUGUAUUUGAAAUAAAU